UUAUACUUUUCUUCUUUCCUUUCUCUUAGCACAGGGCCACAAGCCUAAAAGGGAAGGGGGGAAGAGACUUGGAAAGAGCAACUCCUUACUCUUCAUGGUCACCUCCUUUCCAUUUUCAAUCCUUCCCUUUCUUUCUCUUUCUCUUUCUCUUUCUCUUUCUCUUUCUAUUACACACGGUUUCGAAGUUGAAUACAUUAUCCACUUUUAUUGUCACUUCUAAUAAUUUUCACAAUAAAAACCCGGUUCUUGGUUUCUGUCCUGUUCAAGCCUUGGAGGAAGACAAAAGCUCUAGCCUAUACUCUUUAUCUUUCUCUUUCAAGACUAUUGAUCAAACUGUUGUCAGGGAUCUAAUGGCUUCUUCUUCUGCUGCUGCUGCUGCUGCUGCUUCUGCCUCUUGUCCUUCCUUAUCUUCUGCAAUUUUUAUUGUAACUGCUUCCACACUGUUUUAGAUUUCCAAUUCUUGCUUUGUUUCUACUUCAACCUGCAGCUGUUUCCUUUCCCGCCUCUUUUUCAAGAUUUUUCCGUGACUUGAAAGCCUGGAAGUUACCAAAAGACUAGAUAUUUGCCUCUUCUGUGCUUGAUUUCUUGGGUUCUCUCAGGUGGAUCACUUGGACAAGAAUUUUGUUUGCAGGGAAAGAAAGAGAGAAAUACUUGCAAGACAAGGAUGUUCUAUGGGCUAUAAUCUUAAGACACCUUGGAGAUUAGCUGAAUUGGAAAACCAAAACAUUCCUCACAUUACUCAAACUCCCGUGUCUUGUAGCUUAGGAGUGCAUCAGGCUACCGGGCAUUGCUCAGUGGACUUGAAACUAGGGAAUUCAAGUGAUUUGGAGGACAAGUUGGUGGAGAAAUUUGCAGGUCCGGGGCAUUAUUUAAUGGAAUCAUCAUCGUCUGGAUCAUCGAAGAGAGUUCGGACACCUGCCAAUGGGACCCAAGUCCCUUCGUGCUUGGUUGAUGGAUGCACUUCAGAUCUUAGCAAAUGCAGGGACUAUCAUCGACGACAUAAAGUUUGUGAGCUCCACUCCAAGACCCCCAAGGUUUUUAUUAAAGGUCAAGAGCAGCGGUUUUGCCAGCAGUGCAGCAGGUUCCAUUCCUUGGGGGAGUUUGAUGAGGGAAAGCGAAGCUGCAGGAAACGCCUUGAUGGACAUAACCGGCGUCGAAGGAAGCCUCAGCCUGAUUCUCUGUCUGUAAAUUCUUCAAGGCUGUUUUCCAAUCACCAAGGUACUAGAUAUUUGCAGUUUGGUGGUUCCCAUAUGUUUUCUAGUAGUUCUGAGAGUUCUGCAUGGACUGGGGCGGUCAAACUCGAGAAUGAUCCAAUGCUUUACACAAGCCAAUGCUCACUAAACUUCAGCAGCGGAAAAAACCUUUUUCCUGGCUCCUUAUCUCAGGGAUAUAGAAGUGGAAAGCAGUUCCCAUUCUUACAAUGCACUAGUUCUGCGUUUCCUGGAGAAUCUCUUUGUCAAACAAUUCUUGGCGCUGAUUCGACAUUAGGUAGUGGCUGCAGUAGCCAGAAAAUAUUCUCUGACGGGCCAAAUCGAGUCAUUGACUCAAACCGUGCUCUCUCUCUUCUGUCAUCUCCAUCAGCUGAGACUCAGGAGAUUGGCUUGAGCCACAUGGUGCAGCCUGACAUGAACCCCCCAGCUCAGUCCCUGAUCCCAAGCCUGAACUUUAGCUUUCCUGGAAUGGAAAGUGGGCCUGUUGAUUCCGUUUUGGUCGCUGAUGGCAGUAGCAAUGCCAAUCUCCAUGGUCAGGGUAUGUUUCAGAUUGGACCUGAUGGGUCAUCUGCAAGCGGAUCUCUCCAGACACUUUCCUUCUCGUGGGAGUAAUAGCACCAUUUCCUCCUCGUGAUCCGAUGCUUUAAAUGCAAAAAAUGAAAGGACUUGAUGUCCUAAACCAUUUGCUUAUUGUGAGAUUGUUAUGUUUCUUCUGAAUUGUGUGGAUCCCCACUCGGACAACUGUUGGGAAUGCAAGAUGCUACUGUAUUAUUUGCAUGUGUUUUCUCCUAUUUUUUCCGUGUUCUUAUUCGUGUUCAUUAAACAUUGAACUUCCAAUGUUGCAAGACAAAUGCAUCUUCUGAAGAAAAUAAGUGCAUUAUUGCCUUCCGAA